GCGAUCCGCUGCUUUUUGAACACAAAAGAGUGAUCAAUCGGCCCUAACCCCGUGCAGCUAUUUUUAAAGCUCCUCCUUUGACUACGGCGCUGACUUUCCCUUCUCAUUUGAACCUCAAUUAGUCCUUUUCUCAUUCCCGCUUUUCCCUCUCAUUAUCACUAGCUGAGUAUAAUCAUGUCGUGGCAGCCGUAUGUUGAUUCCAACCUCGUUGGCACUGGAAAGAUUGUCAAGGCCGCAAUUUACGGUCUAGAUGGCGGACAGUGGGCGUCCAGCGCUGGCUUUGCGCUUUCGCCUGAGGAGUUCCAGAACAUCAAGGCUGGGUUCGACGACGCGGGUGUUCUGCAAGCCAACGGUAUUCGUGCUGCGGGCACCAAGUACCUUGCGCUGCAGGUUGACUCGACCCACGUGCACGGCAAGAAGGGUGCCGACGGCGUGCUGAUUGACAAGACCAACCAGACCAUCAUUGUCGCUGUCUACGACGAGAACACGCAGCCGGGAGAGGCCAACAAGGUGCUGGGCUCGGUGUCGGACUACCUGAGGGGCAUCGGAUACUAAGGUGCGAGUCGCGGCUGGGCAGACUGCAGGAGAUCCCCUCGCUUCUAAACCGUUCUUUUAUU